AUGUCUGCCUUUGUUGAGUCAAUUGCUACAGUUCCCUGGCUAUGGCUGGGGAUACUCGGUGCUGCCACCGUGCUGGCAUACCAAAAAUGGUUCGGCUCGAAACUGGAUAUUCCUCAUAUUGGCCCAAAGCCAACGCUGCUGGGAAAUACGUCCCAAGGUGAAUUCUACCAGAGGAGUGUUGAAAUGGUCAAUGAGGGAUAUGCCAAGUACAAAGAUUCAUUAUAUUAUAUAUGGACGACCAACAUGGAUCGGUUGAUGAUACCUGCAAAGUACAUGAGCGACUUCAAUCAGGUGCCGCGCAGCCACCUCAAGUUGACGGCCACCGUGCGAUAUUCGGGCAAAUAUACAGGAAUGGACAUUGCAGAUGAAGGCAUGCUCGGAUACGAUGUGUGUGCUGGUCCAUUGUCGCAGAAUAUUGGUCGACUGGCACAGCCAGUUUACGAUGAGAUCGUACAUGCACACCAAGGCAAAGUCAGUGAGGCAAAAGAUGUCAAUGGAGUAUAUACGGUCCCCAUGUACUAUACCAUCCUAGAAGUCGUCACCGCCUCGACCGCUCGCAUGUUUGUCGGACCUGAUCUGUGCAGAGACCCGGAAUGGCUGUCGACAGUCAGUGGCUACACAGGCGACAUAGGUGCUGUGGUGAGCGACCUCCGAAAACACUACAAGUUCCUGCAUCCCAUCAUUGCGCCUCGGCUCGAGUCGUACAAGCAGCUUCAACGGCGAUUCGGCAAGAUCUGUGAAAUUCUUCUCCCGAUAUUCGAGCAGCGUCGAAAGACGGACAGUAUGGAGCACGCGGACAUGAUUCAGUGGUUGAUCGAUACGGCCAAGGGCCCUGAUACGGAUAGUACUCGACUGGCCAAGAGAAUGCCGUUUCUGAACAUGGCUGCUAUCCAUUCGACGGCCCACACCACGGUAAAUGUUAUUCUGGAUCUGUGCCAACACCCGGAGUAUAUCCAGCCCAUACGAGAGGAAAUAGUUGAGGCUAUCAAAGCACACGGUAUCAUCAAAGCUUCUACUCUCGCGAGCCUGAAGAAACUGGAUAGUUUCAUGAAAGAAAGCCAGCGUCUGAGCCCGAUGGAUUUGAUGCUAUUCAAUCGCCAAGUCACCAAGCCGGUGACUCUAUCCAACAAUAUCACCAUUCCCAAGAAUACCUUCAUCUCGAUGCCUAUCUACCCCAUGUGCAGAGACCCCGAACGGUACCCCGACCCCGAGACCUUCGACGGAUACCGAUUCUACAAACUACGCCAGAUCAAAGAAGAAGCCCGGUACCAGUUUGCUGCAUCCGACAGGGAUGGACCGGCGUGGGGAUUUGGCAAAUUUGCCUGUCCUGGUCGAUUCUGGGCGGCAGCGCAGGUAAAACUGGUGGUGAUGGCAUUGCUCGUGCAGUAUGAUAUUGCAUAUCCUGAAGGUCAGACAGAUCGACCGGGAGAUGUUAUACUAGGCGAGAAGCGGACUCCGGAUCGGACGCAACAGAUGGUGUUGAAGAGGUUAGACCCGGCUCUGUCGCUGUGA